AUGAGCGCACUCACUCAAGAGAUGAGCACGCGGGGCGAUGAGGUGCUGGAGGACAUGAGGAGCCGCGUGCAGGAGGACGGCACCGUUUUGCUGGACAUGAACCACAGGUGGGUGGCUGUUUCCAAUCUAUUCCCCCCCAAUGAUCCCAUUCUCCACCUUAUCCCCUUUCCACCCCGCUGCCAUCCCCCUCGCAUUCCCCUCCCAUCCCCCUCCCAUUCCCCUCCCAUCCCCCUCCCACUCCCCUCCCAUCCCCCUCCCAUUCCCCUCCCAUCCCCCUCCCAUCCCCCUCCCAUUCCCCUCCCAUCCCCCUCCCAUUCCCCUCCCAUCCCCCUCCCAUUCUCCUCCCAUCCCCCUCCCAUUCCCCUCCCAUCCCCUUUCCACCCCCCCGCCAUCCUUGCUCGCCUAUGUGCACGCCGCAUCGCAUCCCUGCCAUCGCCUCACUGCAUGCAUGCAGGGUGCAGGCGGAGUUCUUCCCCUCCCAUCCCCUUGCCACCCACUUGCCAUCCCUCACUGCGCAGGGUGCAGGCGGAGUUCUGCGACCAGCUUUGGGACGCUGUAGCUGCAGCGCGCUUCUGGUACACCAACAUCGACACCUACUUCGUGCCCUCCCUCUACUACAUCCCCUCCUUCGCUGCGUGUGUGUGUGUGUGUGUGUGUGUGUGUGUGUGUGUGUGUGUGCCCUUUCCUCCACUCUUGUUCUUCUACCUCCAUCAUCCACUCCCACCAUCUUCUAACUUCCGCCAUCAACUCCCACAAUCUUCUCCCUUCCGCCAUCAACUCCCACCAUCUUCUCACUUCCGCCAUCAACUCCCACCAUCUUCUCACUUCCGCCAUCAACUCCCACCAUCUUCUCACUUCCGCCAUCAACUCCCACCAUCUUCUCACUUCCGCCAUCAACUCCCACCAUCUUCUCCCUCCAUCAACUCCCACCAUCUUCUUCCUCCCUCAACUCCCACCAUCUUCUCCCUCCCACCCAUCCGCUCACAGGCACGGCUGAAUGAGCUCUUCCCAGACGGUCGCAUCUACACACAUGUGGCACGCUACCUGUUGCACCCCGACAACCAGCUGUGGGACGAAAUUAAUUCCCUCUUCCAUGUCAACCUCACCCAACUGCCACAUCGCCUCGGCGUUCAGGUCCGGUCGCCCUCGGAAAGCGACAUGUCAGUGGUCCAUCGUGUGCUCGACUGUGCCCUCAACAUCUCCCACUACCUGCCCCCCACUUCUCCUCUAGCAGCAGUGAGUGUCAGCCCCUUCUCACCUGUCAGCUCCCUUUCACACCUGACGUCAGCAAGCGAGUCCCCGUAUGAGAAGAUGGUGGUGUUUGUGUCGUCGCUCACCAUUCGCCACCUCAUGGACCUGCGGCACCACUACCUGCACCACCAUGUGCCUCCAAUGUGCCUCACGGUGCCACUGAGGUGCCUCCAAUGUGCCUCACGGUGCCACUUAGCAAAUGUGCAGUCAGUUGGCAACACGGCAGCAGCCCUGCAAGCCAGGCAUACUGCUCUUAGCUCCCUGCCCAUCUGCCCCCCUUUUCUGGCCCCCCGCGCCCCCCCUUUUCCCCCCGCAUCCCUUCGCAUGUUCUCUCCCUUCCUUUUCUCCCCUCUUCUCCCCUGUGUAUCCUCCCCUCCCCUGUGUGUCCUCUCCUCCCCUGUGUAUCCUCCCCUCCCCUGUGUGUCCUCUCCUCCCCUGUGUAUCCUCCCCUCCCCUGUGUGUCCUCUCCUCCCCUGUGUAUCCUCCCCUCCCCUGUGUGUCCUCUCCUCCCUUAUGCCCUCUUUCCUCCUUUGUGUAUCAUCCACAGCGGUGUGCACCCUCUCCUCCUCUGUGUUCUCUCCCUCACCUGUGUUCCCUCUCCUAUCCUGUGUUCCCUCCCCUCCCCUGUGCUUCUCCCUGCCCCCCCAUCUCCCCCUCCCAGUGACCGCCUGCUCAUAA